CAGAUAGUGCAGGGCGGAGGGCCGCGAGGAGGGACUCGCGGCGCCUGCGCAGAGCGGCGGCUUCUCUCGCGAGGACGGACGCCAUUAUCGCAUCUCCCCGACAAACACCACGAGAAUUCCGCAGCCCACACGGUUCUCCUGAAUCAGUUCAUGUGGGUUCUGCCUGCCUCUGAAUCCUGGAGCAGUUGCUGAGGAUGAAGGUGGAAGAAACUCCCAGUGUUUCGCACAGACACCAGGUUCAGAGACUAUUACUGGAUGUAACUGAGGUGACAGAAUCCUAGUCCUGGGUGAGUUUGAUUCUUGCUUAUUGACUGGCCCCUCUGCUCUCAUUCUGGAUGAUGUCAGAACAGGAUCUGGCGGACGUGGUGCAGAUCGCAGUGGAAGACCUGAGUCCUCAUCACCCAGGUACAGAGCUGUGGGAGAUUGUACUGGAGAAUCAUGUAGUGACAGAUGAAGAUGAACCAGCUUUGAAACGCCAGCGACUAGAGAUCAAUUGCCAGGACCCCUCUAUAAAGUCAUUCCUGUAUUCCAUUAACCAGACAAUAUGCUUACGAUUGGAUAGCAUUGAAGCCAAGCUGCAAGCUCUCGAGGCUACAUGUAAAUCAUUAGAAGAAAAGCUGGAUCUGGUCACGAACAAGCAGCACAGUCCCAUCCAAGUCCCCAUGGUGGCAGGCUCCCCUCUCGGCGCGACGCAGACUUGCAACAAAGUGCGAUGCGUCGUCCCCCAGACUACAGUAAUACUCAACAGUGAUCGGCAGAACGCCAUUGUAGCCAAGAUGGAAGACCCCUUGAGCGGCAGGGCACCGGAUUCCCUGGAAAAUAUCAUUAGCAACGCGGUUCCUGGGCGUCGGCAGAACACAAUCGUGGUGAAGGUGCCGGGACAAGAAGACAGCCACAAUGAGGACGGGGAGAGCGGGUCCGAGGCCAGCGACUCCGUUUCCACCUGUGGACAGUCGGGGAGUCAGAACAUCGGAAACAACGUCACCCUCAUCACCCUGAACUCAGAAGAGGACUACCCCAACGGCACCUGGCUGGGGGACGAGAACAACCCCGAGAUGCGCGUGCGCUGUGCCAUCAUUCCCUCCGACAUGCUGCACAUCAGCACCAACUGCCGCACAGCUGAGAAGAUGGCGCUGACGCUGCUGGACUACCUCUUCCACCGGGAAGUGCAGGCCGUCUCCAACCUGUCGGGCCAGGGGAAGCAUGGCAAGAAGCAGCUCGACCCCCUCACCAUCUAUGGGAUCCGGUGUCACCUCUUCUAUAAAUUUGGCAUCACGGAAUCGGACUGGUACCGAAUCAAACAGAGCAUCGACUCCAAAUGCCGGACAGCCUGGCGGCGGAAACAGCGAGGUCAGAGCCUGGCCGUCAAGAGCUUCUCUCGGAGAACACCGUCCUCGUCGUCGUACAGUGCGUCAGAGAGCUUGAUGAGCACGCCACCACCCGCCAAUGAGAUGCCCCAGCCCCAGCCGCAGGCCCUCCACUAUGCCCUGGCCAAUGCCCAGCAGGUCCAGAUCCACCAGAUCGGAGAGGACGGACAGGUCCAAGUAAUCCCACAGGGUCACCUCCACAUCGCCCAGGUGCCUCAGGGGGAACAGGUGCAGAUCACGCAGGACAGCGAGGGCAAUCUACAGAUACACCACGUGGGACAGGAUGGGCAGGUCCCAGCUGAUUUUUCUGGAUUAGACUUCUUUGACUUUCUGUCGGUGCCGGGAGUUUGUGGAGUGGAGGGCAUGUCGGGACAUUUGCUGGAGGGGCCUAGGGAGCCCUGAAUCUUGCUGCCCUUUCUUAAAAAAUUGACAGUGCUUUCCCAAGCCACAAGGAGACUGAUGCCCAGCAGAGGCCCUCCUGGCCACGCGGAGGAGACUCGGGGACCCUUGGCGUUGAGCACUGAGGGCCAUGGGUGCUGCAGGGAUGCCCCUAGACUGAGCCGGCGCCUUAGUUCUGCUGCGGCCAUGCCGGCCGCUGCCCAAAGCUGCUCGGCCCCGCUGGCCAGAUAGGGGUGGCUGCCCCCCUGGUGAUGGGGAAGCAAAGCAAUGGACCUGGACAGCACUGUGUCUUAUUGUCUGAUCAUGGAGAGUAAGUGCUGAGAAAAGAAAAUGUGAAUAAUAGAGACUUCAGUUUUCUCCAAUUUUUGUAAACCUUUCAAAAAUUCACUAGUGCAAGUGGUUUAUAAUGGAAAAGAGUAGUGUUUUAAUAAAGAACCAUUGUUGUCAAAUCAGCCCUUUGGGGACCCAGAAGCCAGUUCCUGCGCUCAAAGGAGGUAGUUGAGGAAAUGGUGACCGCAAUUGUAUGCAUGUCCUGUGGCUCCUGUGACACAUGGCCACACACCUCGUGGCUUAAACAACCCACGUUUAUGCUCUCAGUAUGGAGGUCAGAAAUCCAACACGUGUCUCCCUGGGCUAAAGUCAAGGGGUCACAGGGCUGGUUCCUUCUGGAGGCUCCAGGGGAGACCCCGUUUCCUGCCCUUUCUGGCUUCUCGAGGCACCACACUCCUUGGCUCGUGGCCCUUUCCUCCGUCUUCAAAGCCAGCAAUGUCCAGUCCACUCUUUGGAGCUGGGGAAGAGUCUCUGCUUUAAAGACGCCCUUGUGACGUUGGGCCCAUCUGAUAACUCCAGGAUACUCUCUCCGUCUUGGGAUGAUCAACUUAACCCCAUCUGCAAAGUGCCUCUGCCCGUGUGUGUCAGGGCAUACACCCAUGGAGUCUGGGGAUGAGGACGUGUACAUCUCGGGGGCAGUGUUCUUCCCAAUCCAGCCAGCUGGUAUUAGAGUGUAAAGCCAUUCGCAAAUGGUUUCUGAAGACACGAAAAGCAAAGUAGUUAAGAACUUGCUGCCAUCUUUUCUUUUAAAAAUUGAGUUUACCUGUUUUUUUCCAGUGAUGGGUUCUUUGUUAAAGAAAUAGAACUCCUGCUUUUCAAAAACUAACACACUGUUUUUAAAACCGCAGACUAUAUUUUCAUACAGACUCCAAGCCCGCCUUUCCUGGAGUGGGCAGUCCAUCCUCUCUCCACAUAUCUGCACCCUCCUCCUCAGCUCUGACGCUGUUGCAGGAGGCAGUGGGCUGGCCAGGAAGUAUGGUCAUUGUUGCCUCACUAUGGACGGCCCGAAAGCGACUCCGGAAGGUGGUGCCAUGGGCAUAGCGUUUGAAGGAGGGGUGGGACGCAACCCCUAAGUAAAGACCCUCACAGCUCAUGGCAACUCACUCUCAUGAAUGCAAAGCCUCAGGGCCCCUACCCCCACCUCCCCAUCCUGGCCUGCAGGGUGUCGAGGUGCCAGCCCGCCUUCCAGCUGCUGGAGCACCAGGUGGGCAAGGCGGGAAGUGGGCCUGAACAUGGCGGUGCUCACGAGUGGUGGGGUCACCCAGAGCCCAUCCCAUGAGGGCUCAUCUAGCCCCCUCCUCCAGGCACAGGCCAGGGCAGUGUCCUGGUUGUGAGGAAGGCCCAUAUGUUGGUGAUUUGUCUCUGGAACUUGGUCUUACCCCCCGGGAGCUCUUCUCCAGCCAUCCUUCACCUGUGUCUCCUCUUUUCUGACCACCGCUCCACACCAAGAGGUCUUCUCGACUCCAUCUGGAGCGCUGGGUUUUGUAACUCACAUGCAUGUUUCUGCUAUUUCUUAAACUCUGUCGUCAACUCUUGGGGGUGCUUUUUCAUCUCCCGUGACUCGCAAAUGAUCUGGGGGCUCCCAAAAUUGAGCUGGUGAAUGUGUCUUGCCUGUGAGUCAAGGACGUGCCAACCAUGUCCUGUCCCUCUCCUUGGCUGCCUCCAGGCCUCCCCUUCCUGUGAACCUAGAACAACAGUGAUUUCCGGGGUGUCUUCAGUUACUUUACCUCCUGCUCUGUGUCCCGCUGUUUCUCUGUCCCUGUGUCCUCAGGCAUGCCCUCGGCCACACUCACUCUUUGGAAACUCGAGCUGGUUGAUUUUUUUCCUAUAAGGCUUCAAAAGCCAUUUUUGUGUCUGAUAGUGGAAGUUUGAGGGAGGUCACUUGCAGGAGUAGUGGAAACCUGGUCACACACAUAGACAUUCACACGCGCUCACACCACACAUGGACGCUCGCCAAUCAGACGUCCCUCCUGAGUGAUUCACGAGCCAAACCCACAGUAGGGAUUGUGGUCCUGGGCCAUCCUCCUUGGUUCGUACGGUCAUGGCGGAGUCUGCGUGUGUGGUACUCACCUCUGCCCUCACACCUGGGCCAGUGCUGACGGUGGUCUGCUUUGUCC